CCCUGCUCAGUCAAGUAGCUUCCCACUCCGGCUUCAGUCACCCCUCUCAUCCCCUACCCACGACCAGCAGCCAACAUGGGUAACAACGUGUUCAACGUGCCCAUUUUCUUCAUCGUCUUCCGCGAGGUGAUCGAAGCGGCCAUUAUCGUCUCGGUUCUGCUUUCCUUCGUCGAGCAGCUCAUGAACUCGGGCCGCCUGUCGCCCACCGAGCGCAUCGACGAGGCUGUGGGACCCGACGAUGGUCCCCAUAACGAAAAGGUCAAGAGGAUUGUCAAGCGUAUGCGCUACCAGAUCUGGGCGGGCACUUUCGUCGGCUUCUUCAUCGCGCUCUGCAUCGGUGCGGCCUUCAUCGCAGUCUUCUACACCAAGCUCAGCGACCUCUGGUCCAAGUCCGAGCAGCUGUGGGAGGGUGUCUUCAGCCUCAUCGCCUCCAUUCUCAUCUUCCUCAUGGGCAUCGCCUUCCUGAAGAUGGACCGCUCGCGCAUCAAGUGGCGCUACAAGCUUGCCGCGGCGUUCGACCACAAGUCCGCCAAGAUGAUGGCCGAGUCCGGCCAAGGCCCCGCGUACAAGAAGCCAUCGUGGACGGCCAAGUGGUCGCUUUUCCUCCUUCCCCUAAUCACGCUGCUGCGUGAGGGUCUUGAGGCCGUGGUUUUCGUCGGCGGUGUGUCUCUCGGCAUUCCCGCGACUUCCAUCCCCCUCCCCGUCGUCGUCGGCCUCAUCGCCGGCGCCAUCGUCGGCUACCUCAUCUACAAGACGGGUUCGAGCACCACCCUCCACUGGUUCCUCAUCAUCUCCACCACCAUCCUCUUCCUCAUCGGCGCCGGCCUCUUCUCCAAGGCCAUCGGUUUCUUCCAGUACUACAAGUUUGCCAAGGCCGUGGGCGGCGACGUCGCCGAGUCCGGCGACGGGCCCGGCUCGUACGACGUCCACGGCAACGUCUGGCACAUCACCUUCGGCAACCCCGAGACCGGCUCGCCAACCACCAACGGCGGCUGGCAGAUCUUCAACGCCAUCUUCGGCUGGAACAACAACGCAUCUCUCGGCACAAUCCUCGGAUACUGCUUCUACUGGAUCGCCGUCAUGGCCGCCCUCAUCUACUACAAGUGGACCGAGGGGCGCGUUACCUGCGGCGGCCGCGUCAAGUCUGCCGCGGCGAAGCGGCUCGAAGCUCGCCGCGAAGAGCGCCUCGCGGCCGCGAACGCCUACGAUGCCGGCGUGUACGAAUCGAAGCACGACGGCGACUCGGCCACACAGGGCUCGGGCACGCCGCCCGAGGAGAAGAACAAGCGUGACCUUACUGUGUAGAAGAGACGCAGAGGAGAUCGACAGCAUCAUACGUAGAAGCGCACAUACCACCGGUGGCCUGCUCCAGUGCCUCACAUUGGUACUGGCACCAGCUGCAGUCUGGCACCGCUAUAAUUAUGCCCUGGGGGUCAGGUGAAUGCAAUGCUUUGGUGAGAGUUUGGGCCGGGUGAGAGAUCGAGCCAGACGGAAACGACG